AUGGCGAUCUGUACUUAUAACGCACGUACGCUUGCAUCGGAAGCGGCCAUCGAAGAUCUGAUGAUGCAAGCCAAGAAGAUCAAGUACGACGUCAUCGGACUGACCGAGACGAGACGACGUCACCCUCUCAACGCCGUAUAUGGAACUGGAGAAGAACUGUUCUUAGGAACAUGCGACAGUAGAGGUGUUGGUGGAGUUGGCGUCCUCGUCAACACGAGUAUGGCAAAGAACAUCGACUCUUUUGAACAACUUACGACCCGAAUCGGACGUCUGCGGGUGAGAAGAUGUGGCCCAACACCAGCUUUGACUAUCUUCGUCGCUUACGCUCCAACAUCAAGCUACGAAGAAGAAGAAGCCGAAGCUUUUUAUAUGGACCUGGAAAAGUUCUACCGAGAAGACCAUGCCUUCUACAAGGUCAUAAUUGGCGAUUUCAACGCCAAGGUUGGCCCAAGAAGAACGCCGGAGGAACUUCACAUCGGGACCCACGGCCUACAAUGGAAUGACCAGGGGGAGAGGCUCUCCGAGUUCACCAUGACGACUAAGACCAUCCAUGGGAACUCGCAAUUCCAGAAGUCCUCCUCUCUACAUUGGACGUGGGAGUCACGCGGUGGAGAGUACCGUAAUGAAAUAGACCACAUCAGCGUCAAUAAAAGGUUCUGCCUGACGGACGUCGGUGUUGUACCAAAGUUCAAUACGAGACCGAACCAUCGCCUCCUCCGAGGAAGAUUUUUCUUCACAAGGAGAGCAGAGAAAGCCGCCAAGUUCAGAGAGAGAAAUCUCAAGACUACCAUCAAUUGGGAUCUCUUCGCUACGCUAGCCGGCUUUUGGGAAGAUUCCGCAAUGGACAACAUCGACGAGGAAUAUGACCGGCUUGUUGAACACCUUUACAACUGCGCGAAGAAGACUGAGAGUUUUAAAACCACCAAGAGGCGCCUGUCUCUUGAAACUCUUGAGCUGAUACGCCAGCGUGGAGCAGCACGAGCCGCAGGGAACCAAGAUCUCACGUCCGAGCUCGCAAGGCUUUGCAGAGAGGCGUUAAAGGAAGACCUUAAAAAGAGAAGAGCAGAAGUGCUGGCUGAAGCUGCAGAGGCGGGGAAAAGCAUCCGCUAUACCCGUCGAGACUUCGCUAGUCGCAAGACGAGUAUGGCUGCUCUCCGGAACCCAAGGGGAACAGCCAUUGCAUCGAGAAGGGGGAUGGAGAAAAUCAUCUACGACUUCUACUCUGACAGCCAUGUCCACUUGCGUCCUCACCAUCUGAGGGAAGAUGGUCAAGUCAUUCCAGAGGUUCUCCCGUUCGAAAUACGACAUGCUAUCAUGUCGGUAAGAAAUCGUACGGCACCCGCUCCCGACAGAAUAAGACCAGAACACCCGAAGAGCCUUCCGCCAGUACUCAUCAACACCCUGGUGAGGCUCUUUACACGUUAUCUGUCGGAAUGCGAGGUUCCUAAACAGUGGAAGACCAGCAAGACCGUGUUCUUGUAUAAAAAGGGAGAUCCACAUGACAUCGGCAACUAUCGUCCAAUCUGCCUACUGUCCGUCAUCUACAAGCUCUUUACAAGAGUGAUUCUUAAUAGGAUUAAAAAAUUCUUGGAUGAAGGACAGCCAUGCGAGCAAGCAGGGUUUCGAAAAGAAUUCAGCACGAUUGACUACAUUCACACUGUUACGAAACUCAUCGAGGUAUCACGAGAGUACAAGAUGCCGCUCUGUCUCACCUUCAUCGACUUGAAAAAGGUCUUCGACUCAGUUGAGACGGAAGCGGUCGUGGAAGCCUUGGACAACCAAGGCGUCCCUACUCAGUACAUAAAGGUACUUCGAGAGUUGUACAGUAACUUCACGACCGGAAUUUCGCCAUUCUACAAGAACAUCAUCAUUGACGUGAAGAGGGGGGUCCGACAGGGUGAUACAAUUUCACCCAAAAUAUUCACAGCCACCCUCGAGAACGCAAUGCGAAAGUUGGAAUGGGACUACAUGGGAGUGAAGGUUGAUGGUCGGCAGUUACACCAUUUGCGCUUUGCUGAUGACAUCGUACUGAUAACACCUAGCAUCAGCCAAGCGGAACGAAUGCUGACCGAAUUCGACGAAACAUGUGGAUGCAUCGGUCUUCAGCUGAAUCUACAAAAGACGAUGUUCAUGCGGAACGGAUGGGUCUCGGAUGCCCCAUUCACGCUCAACGGAACGAACACAUCCGAAUGCACCAGCUACGUUUAUCUGGGUCGGGAACUGAACAUGAUGAACGACCUGACCCCGAGCUGGGCAGAAGGAGACGAGCGGCUUGGGGAGCGUACAAGAGCAUCGAGGAUGUAG